AUGGAAUCCUCACGCCAGAAUCUGACCCCCGAGCGAGUGCUCGAGUCAGGCCAAGCUAUCGAGCAAUAUUCUCAAUCUCAACUAAAAGGGCUUAUGGAAGUGUUUGCCACCAUCUCACAAUACACUUGUCACAACGAGGAUCUCGUUAUACUAGGGGAAAUGGAAGUUACUAAGCGCUUGGCAAAGGCAAAAAUCAACUCUGGUGGAGUGAGACAAAAUACUGUUAGUCCUCACCUGCCAUCCACCCAAUGCCAGGAUGUUGCAGCAGAGGCAACAGAAACUAUCCAUUCUCUUGCAGGGAGUAAAUGCGCCUCUGGCCAGUACUGCGGUCCUUUCAUUCCUCACCCAAGGCACUACUCCAGGAUACACGCUACGAACGUGAUCCUCGAGAAAGGAAGUCUCUUCAAUCCCACCGGGGUAAUACCAGGAUCUGAGAUGAUCUGGCAAAACGAUGCAUGGAACACUGCAAAAACGAUAUUCCAUUCAACUUUUAAUGGUGAGGUUACAAUGGGAGGUCUCGAACACGUGGCUGACGCUCUUCGGGGCGCACUCUAUGUCACGAAAGUCCUCCGAGCUGAAGAUGGGCCAACGCCUGAGGUUGGUCAAAUCCAAGAGCUUGAAUUGCGGGUUCAGGAGCUUUCGAACUCCACACAUGCGGCUUGGUUGGAAGCACCUGUUCAGAUGUGA